CUUCUGUGCAAACUGUCCGACCUGACUGGAGCUUUUUCCGCCCCCUGCUGCUUCCUCCUGCUCUCGUCCGUUUCUUUCCAGUCUGUGACGUCAUAUCCCCGCGACGCUCGAGCGUUCCGAAUCCACCAUGGCCGAAGCUGAAUCAAAUAAAGUGAUCAAGUUAGUCCCUGAAUAUCUCCUGAAAAAGAGGAAAGCAUAUCAGGCCAUUAAAGCUACACAAGCCAAGCUUGCUCUGCUUGAAAAAAGAAAGGUAUCAAGAGGUAAAUCAUUAAAGUUCAGGCGUUUGGAAGACCUCUUGAAAGACAGUCACAGGAAGCACCGUGAUGAAACUCGCAUCCGGAGAGCUGAGCACAGGCCGCCUCCCCCUCUGCCACCCGCUAAGAACAGACUAGCCUUCGUCGUCCGCAUCAGAGAGAUUAAAGGUGUCAGUCCCAAAGUGAUGAAGGUAAUCCAGAUGUUCAGGCUGAGGAAGAUCUUCAGUGGGGCCUUCGUCAGAAUCAACAAGACCUCUGUAGCCAUGAUGAAGAUAGUGGAGCCCUAUGUGGCCUGGGGAUUUCCCAACUUGAAGUCUGUUCGUGAGCUCAUUCUGAAGAGAGGACAGACCAAGAUCGGCAGGAGGAGAGUCCCUCUCACAGAUAACACCUUCAUUGAGCAACACAUGGGUAAACAUGGCAUCAUCUGUUUGGAGGACCUCAUUCACGAGAUCUACUCCGUUGGUAAGGGCUUCCGGGCUGCCAACAACUUCCUGUUGCCGUUCAAGCUGUCAGUGGCUCGUCACGCUGCCAGGGACAAGGCAGGGCUCCUAAAGGACCUGGGAAACCCUGGAUUUCGUGGUACAGACAUUAACUCUAUCAUCAGACAACUGAACUGAGGAGAAACACAGGAAAGACGGACACUCAGCAGUAACUUCAAGGAUGCCUUAUUUCUUGAGGAGCAAAUGCCAACGAUGGCAAAAUAUUUAAUAUACAUUUACCUGUCCGCAUAUUUUCUGCUAACACAGCACGCUGGGAGAUGUGAGAAGGACCUGAAAUGGACUCUUUUGCCUUGCGCUUGUUGUUUAUUGUUUUGCACUCAUGUUUGACAAAAGCUAACAUGUAGUGCCCCUGACCACAGACUGAUGGAAGCUGUUGUGCUCUUGGUGAAAAUGUAACAAUGUUUUGAGUAACUUGUGAAAUGUAAAAUAUGAUCUGUUAAAGGGUCUUUAGUUGCUAGAUGUGGUCGCCUUUAAGUUGUCAGAGGAAUGGAUCUGUACUUGCUGUACAUGCAAGGACAGUGAUUGAAUAAUUAGGACGGGCAGGAGCCACCAACCUACAAUAACACUUUUACUGCAUUCAGUCAUUUUCAGUGUGAAAAAGUGUCUGAAACAUCUGUUCAAUGGCAAUUCAUUUGUUGUUUGAGUCACUUAAUAGACUUUGUUUUUACAAUUAAAAAAAAAAAACGAUUCA